AUACAUUGUCCAUGAGAAACUUGCUUUAUACUGCAUUUCACCUUUGCCCUUAGCUUCCUUUAUCUACUUUUACAGUACAUAACAUAUUCCCCACAACAUUUACACAUCAUAUAUCACAAGCUCCACAUUUACAAAAUUUAGAGUUUCAAUUUUUUGUAAAAAAUAUGAAAAAUAUAAUGAGUAUUUUAACAAGAGCUCCAAAGAAUUCUUGGCAGCCAGUGAUGAUUGCUGAUACAACAAUUCAUAAGUACUGGCUUAAUUGGAGGUUCUUGCUAUGUUGCAUUUGGGUUUUAACAUCAAUGAUUUUUGCAGCAAUACUUAUAAAGAAGUAUGAAGGUCCUCGAAUUCGAAAAAAUGGAAACAGUGAAGCCCAGAAAACAGAGUCCUCUGGUUUAUUGUAUCAAGAUGAAGUUUGGAGGCCAUGUCUCAAAACUAUUCACCCUGCUUGGCUUCUUGCAUUUAGAGUUUUCGCCUUUUUGAUUCUUCUGUUGUUGCUAAUUUUAAAUGUUACUGUUGAUGGAAGGGAGAUUUUUUACUAUUACACUCAGUGGACAUUUACGCUGAUUACUAUUUAUUUCGCGAUUGGAUCUAUUCUGUCGAUGUAUGGAUGUUAUAAGUAUCACAAUAAAAUUGGUAUUGAUGGAACUGAUAUUGAGAAGUUAGAUACUGAGUAUGGUUCACAAAAUUCAAUUUCUGCAAAACAUAUGGGGGAAAAUGCAGAAGCAGAACAGCCUUCUCGCCAAAUUGCUGAGUUUUGGGAAUAUGUUUUUCAAAUAAUUUUUCAGAUGAAUGCAGGAGCUGUAACGCUUACGGACUGUGUCUUUUGGUUCAUACUUGUUCCAUAUUUAACCAUUAAAGGCUACAAGUUAAAUUUUUGGAUUAUAAAUAUGCAUUCAGUCAAUGUUGUAUUUCUACUUGGUGAUACUGCUCUGAAUUGUUUGCGGUUUCCAUGGUUUCGGAUUGGAUACUUUUUUCUGUGGACAGGAGUUUAUGUUAUUUUCCAGUGGGUUGUUCAUGCCUGCAUUUCAAUCUGGUGGCCCUAUCCAUUUCUUGAUCUAUCAUCUGCAGUUUCACCUUUGUGGUACUUGUUGGUGGCAUUUAUGCACAUACCAUGCUAUGGUGUUUUUGUUUUGGUAAUGAAGCUGAAACACCAUUUGCUUUCGAAGUGGUUUCCUCAGUCUUAUCAGUGUGCAAUAUGAUACAACAACUUCCACGCGCCUCAGUCCCAACCAAGUCAGGAUCGGCUUUAUGAAUCCUCAUUGUACAAGGCCAAAUAACAAAUUUUCAGCUUUCAAGACGGAUAUACUAGGGGAAACACUUUUCUAUAUAUAUCGGAGAAUAUGACAGCAGUUCACGUUUUGAACACCAAACUUGGAUCUUUUGUUCUUUUUUCUGGAAGGAACGAUGAAAUGGAAAAAAAAUUAUGUAGCAAAGUAGUUGUGAAUCUUUAGAAGUUUAGGCAAAAAAAAAUACAGUGAUUUAAACUUCUGGUUUGUUAGAUGUACAUCUUGGGAUAACUAUGGAACAGAGAUUUGUUAUUCAUAUAACUUAUUAUUGAGCUCUUUA